UCAUCAGGCCGGUUCUCGUAACGGCGCGCCACCGCCCGCCUCUCCACUUGCUAUACCUGAUACUACUGAAACAACUGCUCGGCACUGCCGGUCGAUCUUUAAACAUCGCUUCCCGCUCGCCCGCUAACAAACAAGGAUUAAUUAACUCAAGCGAGGACGGUUAUGUUUACUAGCUGGCCAUGACCAAGGGCUAAAGCCGGGUUGAGAAUGCGGCGAUCCAAGUGCUUGUUCUUUCUCGUGCCUUUCUCCCUGAUUGCCGUCUUCGUCAUCUUUCGCUUCGGCGGCCCGGCCCUGCUGGAGUACGGCGAUGUCAGGAGGUUCAGCAUACCGGUUGCACAUAUACACCAACAUCAUGUUCAAAACGCCAGCAUCCCAGCUCCUGAUGUUGUCCCCCCACCCACAACCCCCAUUCCCGUUGUUAACCCCAUCCCCUCGGAUGAAGUCUUAAAUCAAAUGUCGCACAAGGAUAUUCAACUUUUUUAUCACAGAUACAUUAACAGCCCACAGACAACAUGCAACAGUGUUAUACGAAUGGGAAAGAUCACAGAUGGUGGGUGGGAGCAAUGUGAUGAUCCACUCUACAAACCUGUCCAAGGGGACUGUCUAGUUUAUUCUUACGGAAUAAAUUUUGACUUUUCAUAUGAUCAAGACAUGGUUCAGUAUGGUUGUGAUGUACAUGCUUUUGAUCCAAGCAUGAAGACUGGGCCAAACAUUUACUCUGGCAACUUGUAUUUCCACCCUUCUGGCGUAGGGGCCAGCAACAAAACUACAUACAACCCUGCCUCCGGUGCCUGGCAACUAUACACAAUAGCAGAGCAUAGAAAAAUUUACCAUCACACACACCAACGGAGGCGCUUAGACAUUGUAAAGAUGGAUGUUGAAGGGUUUGAACUAGAAGCUCUACUGGUAGCCCUGGAUGACGGUAGCUUAUCAGAUGUAAGACAACUUGCCUUUGAAACACAUGUGACUUUUGCAGCACUGGAUCCCAGCAAAACAGAAUACAUACAGUUUUUGCGGCUCCUAAGAAAAGUUUACGAUAAAGGAUUCCGCAUUUAUUUAACGCACAGAAAUUAUGUCUGGAGUGCCUUUGACAGUGAAGUCAACAAAGGCAAAAAGUUUGCCAAGUGCCAUGAAAUACACACAGUGAACAUUAACUUGCGGAAUGAUAUUGCCAAAAACAAUGGCGCCAACCCUCCAGAGCUGAGUUUUGCCAGCUCAGAAAAAAAGCAGGAGGAACAGGAGCUACAGAAAAAAAUUCUGCAAGAGGAAACAGUAGAAUACACUAAAUUGAUUGCCAAGUAUCCUCCUCCAAAGUAGGGGUUCAUGAAUUACUGCAACCACUAAGUCUUCUACAACCUAGUCUAUAAGAUAGCACUAAAAUUAAUAACAUAAUUUUUUUGUAGUCACAAUGAAUAGUAAAUUUUGUUUUGUAUUUUUUUGUCUAAAGUUUGCUCUUAUUGUAUCUGUUUUUACAUUAAAAAUAGGCAAGAAUAUAGGAGUCACAAUUUUUAAGGCCUGUUUUUUCUACAUUUAUUCAGCAACUCUUAAAAAUAAAAACAUAUUGUAUGGUUCAGAAAUUUAAAACUAUUGUGUGGUUAAAUUGUUGAAAUUCUUAAUUUAAAUAUUUUAAGAAUAACAAGCUGACAGUUAAAACUGAGAAGCAUUUUGAUCUGUUAUUUUCAUUUUACCCCCAA